UUUUUCUUUUUGUCACAAAUGUCAUGUGACAAAUUCAAGUGAACUGCACUUCCCUGAAAUUGGGUAACGUGUUUUGACUUGAAAAUCACAAUCCAUCAAGUUUUGUUUUUUCCCCACCGUUGGCUUGCUUGGAAGCAAGUCUCUGUCUGUGAACAUGGUGACAGCCAGCAUGUUACUGAGUGUCUUCUUUGUUUCAGGUGCUUUGGCUGCUUGUUCUAAGGAUUCACACCUCUUCAUUACUGCACCACAGAAGAUGGAAGCACUGAGUGGAUCUUGUUUGCUAAUCCCAUGUACCUUUAGAGCUAAAUCAGAACAAGAGUUUGACAACAGCAGAGAAACUUUUGGAGUGUGGAUUAAAACUGACUCUAGAUUUGACAUCGAUUCAAAGAAUGUGAUUUUCAGCAGCAGUAGGACAGAUAACAUCUAUCCAAUGAGAUUUACUGGAAACCUGAGAGAGAAAAACUGCACCACUUUAUUUUCCAAUUUAACCACAAGUUAUACAGACACAUACUACUUUAGAGUUGAGAAAAAAACAUUCAAGGCAACAGCUUCUUGUAAUCCUCUUCAAAUAACAGUUCAAGAUUCUCCUCUGAGCCCCAGAAUUGAGAUCUCAGGUGAUCUGAAGGAGAAGGAGUCUGUCAGUAUAACCUGCUCAGCUUUCACUCCCUGUCCACACUCCCCUCCUAAACUCACCUGGAAUCUCCAACAAGACUCUCACAACAAAAUCCAGGAAAACACAGAUGGGACCUUUACAACUAAAAUCCAGAAGACCAUCACUCUGUCAGACCAACAUGAUGGAUACAACAUCACCUGUUCUGUCACAUAUCCUGUGAAUGAAGGAAAACAUGUCAAGACAGCAGAGCAGAGAAAGACUCUCAGUGUUUCAUAUGCUCCUAAAGACACCUCAGUGUCCAUCAGUCCAUCAGGUUUGGUGUCAGCAGGUAGCUGGGUGAACCUGACCUGCUCCAGCAGAGCCAAGCCUCCCGUCAGCCGCUUCACCUGGUUCAAGAUCAGCAAAGAUGGACCCAUGACUGUAUCUGAAGGACCAUUUUACAGCGUUAAUGUGACAGAUGUAGAAGAUUAUUACUGUGUGGCCACAAAUGAUCUUGGAAACCAAACAGCAUCAGUGAUUCAUCUGAGUGAAGGAGCAACCUCUUCCAGCCCAGUGGGGGCUGUUGUUGGAGGGAUCAUUGUAAUCGUUGUACUCAUCUGUGUGGCUGUUGCUGCUUGGUGGUUAAAGUCAAAACAUCAAACUUCACAACAGACACAGAGCCUAAGAGCUGUUCAAGAAUCAGCCAGAGCAGAAGAAAAACAAGACAUUCAUUAUGGAGAGAUCGACUUCUCCAAGCAAAGACCUGAACGGUCCUUGUCCUCAGUGCAUGACAGUGGACAGCAGCAGGACACACUGUAUGCACAGGUCAGAGUGUCCAAGACAGCAAACAGCUUAACACAGACUGGUGAUGGUUCAGAGUCUAUCUAUGCUCAAGUGAAGAAGUAAAGUACAAGAAAGUAUUCUUCAUACCUGCAGUUAAUUUAAUUGUAUUGAAAAUGUGAAAUUCUGUGUGUUUUUCUUUAUCAGUAUGUAACAAAGAUGAAGUACAGCCCUUGUUUCUGCAUGUGAAGGUUUUUAUUUUUUGUACUUGCAUAAAGGUUUUUGCACACAACUCACAGCAUGUGUUGAUGCACACUUUAGAUUUUGUGUAUAAAUGUUACCAAGUUACUUCACUUCUGUAGCAAAAACAAAAAAAACUUCCUGUAUCACCAGAUAUAAUCAGUAACAGAGAUAGUGGAUGUAUUUAGGCAGACUUUCUGUCUAAAGGUCACCUGCAGUCCAGCUGAUUUAAAACAUAAACCAACAACUGGAACUAAAUUAGCAAGAAAUUAAUUAAAUUUAACUAAAAUCUUGCAAACUCACUUCUUUAUGAUUUGACAUUAAAUUUCAUUUUUAAGUGCA